AUGUCGGACGUGAUUCCGUGGAUCGAGUGGAUGGAUAUUGGCGGGUACUUGAUAGCUAUGAAGACGACGACAGAAGACAUUGAUCGAGUCCUCGAAAAUUGGCUCCAAGAACGCAUGCUCGUUAAAAACGAGGAUGAUUGUUCGAAUUCGAAUCUCAUGGAUGUAAUGAUUUCCGAGCUAAACGAGAACUAUGUUGUCGAGGGACACGACCGAAACUUGGGCGACACCGUAGUAUGGGCCGUCUCGUUGCUUCUUAACAACGUGCGCGUGCUACAAACGGCCGGUCCAAGAACCAGACAUCAAGAAACUAAACUAUCUACAAGCGGUCGUGAAGGAAACACUGCGGCUUUGCCCGCCGGGUCCACUAGCCGGGCCUCGUCAGGCGUUGGAAGACGGGUAUAUCGGCGGGCCCCGAUUGGUGGGCACAAAUGUCCGGGCGUGGACUUUGCUUUGCUCGUCGUGCAUUUGGCACUUGCUCGAUUGCUUCAAGCAUUCGAUUUGUCGAAACCGACAGGUGCAGCUGUUGACAUGAUUGAAGCUAACGGGUUAGCCCUGCCCAAAUAG